AUGGGUCAUUAUGGUAAACAUAUCAUUGAUCCACAGACUGGCCUAUGUGAGAUAUGUGAUAAGAAUGCUAUUCAAGACUUUCGACAAGGAAAACGACUAGAUCCACAAGAUCCAUAUGAAUACUCGGCGAAUGGUGAACCCAUGGGAAGUUACAUUCGAAAAUCUGUCAAUUCUACAGUACCUCCUCCGAUACAAGCACCAUUGAUGCCUCCCCAACCACGUCGUGUUGUCUUUGAAGACACUAACGAGCUACCGGCAAUACCAAGGCGUGUUGUUAGACAUAGUUCUCUACCAACGAGAGAAGUUAUCUAUCGACCGUCACUCGCUUACGACAGUCAAGUAUACCCUCAAUACAGUACGCCAGUAUCCGGAAGGCCAGUUCGCGUUGUAAAACAAUAUGCGCAAACACCACCUCCACCAGCUAGUGCAGUGUGGGUUGCGGGACCGCGACGACAAACAAAUUCUGGUGUAAUUCUUCAACGAACGCCGCGCAUCGCACGUGAACAGGUCUACUAUCAACCAGCUGCACCAAGCAAUCUUGGAACACAAUAUGUCAGAGCUGGACCUACGAUAGCUCAGCAGGCAUCAUUAAAAUCUGCUAUUCCAGGACCACGUGUUUAUCAAAUAGAAGGAAACAGAAGACAGUACCAAGUCGAACCUCUCGAACGUAGAGUUGUCGUUCAACCUCAACCAACUGUAGUGAGAAGAGUUUACAGAAAACUACCACCGGGUAUAUAUGAUUCACUAUCAUCUCGAAACUUCAGAGUGAGCCCUCAACCACCACCACCACCACCCCCACCACCAGUUCCUCAGCAACCCAUUACUUAUCAUAUUCGACUUGAGGAUUGA